UACGUGUCCAUGAAACCAGGAAGCGCGAAUGAAUAAACCGAGUAGUAAACUGUGUUCGUCUGUCUGUCAGUGAAUCUCCUGUCAGUCGCGGGUCCUAAAAACUCUCCUGAUCCGCUUCCAUCGACACGGCUCUCAACAUGCGUCAGAAGAUCUUGGUGACUGGAGGGGGAGGAUACAUCGGAAGCCACUGUGUUGUGGAGCUCAUAGAGGCUGGCUUUCAUCCUGUGGUCAUUGACAACUUCAGUAAUGCUGUCAGAGGAGAGGGGGAUGUACCUGAGAGCUUGCGGAGGAUAGAGAAGUUUAGAGAUACUCAGAUUGAGUUCCAUGAGCUCGACCUCCUGGAUAAACCUGGACUGGAAAAAAUAUUCAAAAUGCACUCUUUCUAUGCAGUGAUGCACUUUGCAGGUCUGAAAGCUGUGGGUGAAUCAGUAGAACAGCCUCUGCGAUACUACAGAGUCAAUCUCACAGGAACCAUCAAUCUGCUGGAGGUGAUGCAGUCUCACGGGGUGCGUAAUCUGGUGUUCAGCAGCUCCGCCACCGUCUAUGGAGAUCCUCAGAAACUCCCAAUUGAUGAGCAGCAUCCUGUGGGCGGCUGUACAAACCCUUACGGCAAGACCAAAUACUUCAUAGAGGAGAUGAUCAGAGACCAGUGCACGGCAGAGAAGGACUGGAAUGCUGUGCUGCUCAGGUACUUCAAUCCCAUUGGCGCUCACAUCUCAGGUCAGAUUGGGGAAGAUCCACAGGGAAUCCCAAACAACCUUCUGCCUUAUGUUGCCCAGGUUGCCAUUGGCAGACGAAAACAUCUGAAUGUGUUUGGAAAUGACUACAGCACACCCGAUGGGACAGGUGUGAGAGAUUACAUCCAUGUUGUUGACUUGGCUAAAGGUCACAUUGCUGCGGUCAGAAAACUGAAGGACAGCUGUGGGUGUAAAGUUUAUAACCUGGGCACGGGCACUGGCUACUCAGUGCUGCAGAUGGUCAGUGCCAUGGAAAAAGCUUCAGGUCGAAAGAUUGCGUAUCAGAUUGCCCCACGCCGGAGCGGUGAUGUGGCCUCCUGCUAUGCAGAUCCCAGUCUGGCAGAGAAAGAGCUGGGCUGGAAGGCUGAGUAUGACCUGGAGAGGAUGUGUGAGGAUCUGUGGCGCUGGCAAUCCCAGAAUCCCACAGGAUUCAGUAAUGGAACACCUUGAAGCUGGAUGAAUGUAGACCAAUUCUAAUGGGAUAAAGGGAAUUGCACCUAUGACAAAAAAAUGAAGCCAAAGUGGGACAUUGAAGUCUUUCAUUUUUAUUAAUUGGAUGUAAAAUCCUCUAUCAGAAAACUUGAAGCUAAACAAAUUAUUCCAUCUGAUUCAACGUCUUUCUCUUUUUCUUCUUGAAUGUGCACUGUUAUUAUGUCAUCUCACUUUUAUUAAAACACACUGAAUGGA